AUGGCCGCCAUCAGCAAUGGCCGUAAUUCAAGUGACAUUCACAAUUCAAUUCAUUGUGUCGAAAUAGAUCGUUUAAAGUUUUUAUAUCCCAUGGUAAAUGAAGAUGAAACUCCACUUCCGCGAUCAUGGAGCCCUAAAGACAAAUAUAACUACAUUGGACUGUCUCAGAACAAUUUGAGAGUACAUUAUAAAGGACAUGGAAAAACACAUAAGGAUGCAGCGAGUGUAAGAGCUACUCAUCCCAUACCACCAGCUUGUGGUCUUUAUUAUUUUGAAGUCAAAAUUGUUAGUAAAGGUAGAGAUGGAUAUAUGGGCAUUGGUUUGUCAGCUCAAGGAGUUAAUAUGAACAGAUUACCAGGCUGGGAUAAACAUUCUUAUGGCUAUCAUGGAGAUGAUGGUCAUUCAUUUUGUUCAUCUGGAACUGGUCAACCAUACGGACCUACAUUCACCACUGGUGAUGUAAUAGGAUGUGGUGUUAAUUUAAUUGAUAACACUUGUUUUUACACUAAAAAUGGUCAUAACCUAGGAGUGGCAUUUACAGAUUUACCUCCUAAUCUUUAUCCCACUGUUGGUCUUCAAACUCCUGGGGAAGUUGUAGAUGCCAAUUUUGGACAAGAGCCUUUUAUGUUUGAUAUUGAGGAUAUGAUGCGGGAACUUCGUGCUAGAACCAGGCUUACUAUUGAAGAUUUUCCUGUGUCUGAAGUACAUGGAGAAUGGCAGGCUAUAAUUCAUAAAAUGAUAUCAACAUAUUUAGUACAUCAUGGUUAUUGUGCUACUGCAGAAGCUUUUGCUCAUAGUACAGGACAAGUUUUUAAUGAAGAAUUAGCUUCUAUAAAAAGUCGACAGCGGAUUUUGAAAUUAGUUCUCGCUGGCAGAAUGGGAGAAGCUAUUGAAACAACAUUUCGCCUUUAUCCAGGUUUAUUAGAGCAUAAUCAAAAUUUGCUGUUUCAAUUGAAAUGUCGACAAUUUGUUGAAAUGAUAAACGGAACCGAUUCAGAAGUUUGCCCUAAUCGUUUAAAUCGGGGACACGGAAAUUUUUCCCCCUCACACACAUCAAAUACUCCUUCUCGGCCUGCCAGCCCUAUUCAAACUUCUGUAAUUCAGUCAACUAAAACCUUUAAUGGUAAUAAAGCAAGAAAUCGUAGACUUUCAACGGAACAACUUAAUCAACAAAAUAAUUUUUCUGUAAAUGGCAAUUCCGCCGUUGAUACUGUGAUUCGAACUAACGCUUACGAAGAAAACGACAUCGAUAUGGAUAACACAAAUGUUACUGAAAGGUCAAGUCAUUAUAAUACCAAAGUAUUAUCUCCAGAAACACAAAACGGUGUUCAAAAUGGUUCCAACCAUCAUUUUGAAUGGGAAGAUGUUAAAGAAACUGAAGAUAUGGACGUUGAUUCUUCUAAUAAAAGGCAAGUAUGUGGUGGUAGUAAACCGGGAAUUGAGCGCAUGUUAGAAUUUGGUAGAGAAUUGUACAAUAUGAGUGUAAGGCUCGGUCAGGAGCAGGGAAAAGAUGAAAACAAUAAGAAAAUGCUUCAGGAUGCCUUCAGUUUAUUAGCUUACUCAAAUCCUUGGAAUAGUCCAGUAGGAUGGCAAUUAGAACCUUUGCAAAGGGAAACAGUGUGUUCUUCACUUAAUUCUGCUAUUUUGGAAUCCAGUCAGUUGCCUCGUCGACCGCCAUUAGAAGUUGCUUUGGCCCAUGCUCGUGAGCUUAUUCUUUUAAUGUCUCGCUCUGGAUUAGGAUCUUGUGCCUUUUCCAAUGUUGACGAAAUUCUUCACUGA